AUCUCAGAGACUAUGCUGAUCACCAGAUAUAUUGUCCUUUUACUGCAGCCUCUGUUUGACAACGACGACCUAAACAUCCGACUUGAUUUCACAGCUACUGAGCUUGCUGAAAAGUGCAAACGACCGCCCAACUUCAACGGAUGCCCAGAUUGCAUCAUCACGCGCUUCACCCACCAAACAGAUGGCGGCAUCAAUAUUGGCUACAGUGAAGUGAAAAAAAUCUCUAUGGCAAGGAACCAUUACUUGGUGAACUGGGACCUGGUUCGCCUCGCGUUCUUUGGCAAAAAUGCCAUUGAUGACAAUCACCUUGGUGGCAAUAUCAGCAUCCACAUUGUCGGUAGCACCUUCCAUCGUUUUUAUUUGAUCAAGCUGCAAUCUGAUGGUAUCUACACCAUGACAGAAUUGUUGCGCGUGCAAGUCCCUAUGUCUGUCUCAGAGGUGCCUGCAUACCUGACGAAUCUGGCGCGCCUAAAGAAUGUCAUUCACAUCUCUGAAAAACAUUGCAACAAAGAAGCAAUGAUGCUGACACUUUCUCCUGUACCAUGA